AUGUUCGGUUUCUCAGUUUUUCUACUCAGUCUGUUGGCUACAACUACUGCUUGCAAUGAUACAGAAGACGUCGUCAAAACUUUUCUUCAAACGUUAGAAUUUCUCUUUGAUUCUCAAUCUUAUUGAAACACUCUUCAUUUCAGGAAAAUAGACAGGAAUGUGGACCCUUGCUCAGACUUCUACGCUCACGUUUGCCCCGUGAAUCUGCUCAUCGCAGAAACAGUUCCCUCACUGCUUAGCCAAUUUUAUAUACGCGAAGCAAAAAAGUUUCAAAGCGAGCGGGGCGAAUUUACGGUUGGAUUAAUAUUUUUCUAAGAACGGAUUAUUUUCCAGGAACUGAUGCAAGAAUAUAUCGAUGAAUUCUCUUCUCGAAGUUUCCGCAAGACUGUGAACGAUCUUCUUGAAGUGUCAGUGUACUUCUGAUGAGUUGUUGGAAUAAUAGGAUCAACUGUUCCGAUGACUUUUUUUGAAACCGGAAAAAAACACAGAUGUUCCGAAAGUGGGAGUCUGAAAGGAAAAAUUGCAGAUGCGACGUUGACAAAAGUAAAGCAGUCGAUUUCGCUUCAACAAUCACUCAAGAAAGUUUCUACAUGAACAAAACCUGUGAAGAAAUCAGCUAUGAAUUCGGAAUCCUUGCCCCAAACGCCACUCUUACAUAUGAAGUGAGAAAAUCAUCUUUUUUUUUCUCACACAAAUCUUUUCAUUUUAAGGCACGGAGAAUUCUGAAAGUUUUGAAAAACGGUAGGCGAGAAAUCGAAUUUUCAAAGUCUGAAUUGGCUCAGCUGUUGAAUAAAAACGAGAAAAAGUUUUUUGAAAUCUUCAAAGACGAAGUUCGGAACACAUUUUCGGUAUGUCAAUUUUUGAGUCAGUUUUAUAUACUUUCUUGCAGGAAACACCGUGGUUAAACUAUCGAAACGGGACAGAUUUUUACUUGGACUUUUUAAAGAAUCGUUUAUCGUUGCUCGAAAAAAGCCAAGAGGUGAUCCGUGCGUGGGAGAUGGUUUUUGAAAAAUUGAAAGUUUCUUCACAACACUGCAAGUAGGAAGGUUUUCAGCACAAAUAUUACUUGGAUUCCUUCAGGCCUAACAAUACCAUUCCCUCUUUUGUUUGCGCGUUCAAAGAACUGGAAAAUCUAACAAAAGAUGGAGCGAGACCCGCUUCCGAAUUCGGCAUGUUCGGUCUGGAUCUGAACGCUGUCAACUAUGUUGGACAUCUACUAGAAUCACAUCAAAAAAUUCACGUCGUUUUGUACAGUGCCGUCAUAAAAAAAACAAGAACAAACGUUUUCCACAUGACUUUAUCGUGUGGGGCUCCAUCUUUCUUUUUUUGCAAACAAAAAUUUUAGAAGGGUACACGAAUAACAGUUUUGACAGUAUUUUGAAUCGUUCAGCUCUGAAAGUCUCCAUUUGCCUUCGAACUCUGAAAAAUUACUGAUGCGAAACUCUGAAAAGGUGUAAUGAUAAAUUUAGGAAUAAACUUUAUUUUGAUUUCGACAUCUGGUGGAUUCCCAUUUUGAUAAACAAGCCUACGUAACGAAAAAAAUAAUUUUUUUAAAAAAAAACUUCUGCAGCUGAAAUUUUCAGAGAAGUACUAUAAUUUUUCAUGGAACGAGCGUCUCAGAUUUUGACUCUUACGGAUAAUAUGGCGCGUUUGGUGAGUAUUUUGAACUCGACCAUCAUUACAUACUCGAAACUUGCAGUAUGGCGGAUAUGGAAAUGUCAUCGGCCAUGAAAUGAUGCACACAUUUUAUUCGUCUGCAGGAGAUACUGAUCUUUUGAAAUAUUAUUUCACGAACUCAUCUCAGUGUGUUACAAAACAAUUUGCAGCAACUUGCAAAGAGUUCGGGGUACGUGUUAUUUCUCACUGGAAGUCAACUAGUCUUUCUCAAGGGGAACUGUAUCUUUUCUGGAACCGCGACUACAGAAGAAGAAGAUGGAAGCGACUUGGCUGCGAUUCGAUUGGUCUAUUCAGACUUCGAGAAAAGACAUCUUCAUAAUGAGGUUGGAUCGACUUCGUUUUGUUCCCUUAGGGCGAGUUUCAAAAUCAAUAACGACGUUUUAAUCCCAGAAAAGUGACAUCGAAGGUAUAACUACGGCACAAAUGUAUUUCUACUCUUUUGCGUCUACGACAUGUACGGAUGUAGGUUCAUUGAAAUAAUUUUCUAGCUUAAAAUUCAAAAUCUUAGAUAGUUGAAGCGCUGGGAAUGGAUGAUGUUCAUUCUGGAUGGAAAAUCAGAGUCAACGCCUUGAUGUCGCAAAUGGACGAAUUCAAAGAGGCUUUCCAGUGCGCUGGAGAUUCUCGAAUGAUUCGGAGCAAGGUUUUUCGAGCUUCCAUGAUCAAAAAACACAAAUUUCUCAGGUUGAGCACUGCUCAAUUUUCGGUUCCGACGCACCGCAAACUAGGAAACAUUUCAACUCUGCUCCACCAACAGAAAACAUUUGA